AUGAUUUGUAUUGGAAACUGCCAGGCUCGCUCUGGUAGCUUAGUUGGUGACAUGAUCCUGUUUGAUUCAUCCCCCACCUUUACAGCUUCUCUGUUUGUUUUUUCUUUUGUUUCCUUCUUCAGCCCCUGCUUUUUUUAUUUUUUUAUUUUCUUGCCUUUCCGCAGAGUACAAGGUAAAGCCCAUGCGGAGGCUUUGGAGCUAACGGGGCUGGUCCCCAACCCACUUGAGCAAUUUGCCAAUCUACCAUUGAUUUCUAUGCAUAUAGGAAACUUGUAUUUCUCAUUGACAAAUCCUUCUUUGUUUAUGUUGCUAAUUCUCAAUUUGGUCCCACUUCUGGUUCACUUUGUUACUAAAAACAGAGAAGGAAACUCAGUACCAUAUGCCUAGCAAUCCUUGGUAAAGCUUAUUUAUGAUUUCAUCUUGAACCUAGUAAACGAACAAACAGGUGGUCUUUCCAGAAAUGUAAAAAAAAAGUUUUUCUCUCGCAUCUUGAUCACUUUUACUUUUUUGUUAUUUCGUAAUCCCUUAGGUAUGAUACCUUAUAACUUCACAGUUACAAGUCAUUUUCUCAAUAUGUUGAAUCUCUCAUUUUAUUUUAUUAGCGUUACCAUAAUGGGAUUCCAAAGAAAUGGGCUUCAUUGUUUAAGCUUCUCAUUACCCGUAGAAGUCCCACUGCAGUUGGCACCCUUUUUAGUACUCCUUGAGCUAAUUCCUCUUUUCCCUAUAAAAGAGGCAAAUGGAACUAUUUCAAAAUUUUCUUUCCCCAUCUCUCUACAUCAAAUUGCGAAAGAAAUAACAAAACCAGAACGAAAGCAUAUUAAUAUUGGAUUUUCUGUAUCGGCCGUUCGAAACAACUUUCUGAAAAAAUAA